AUGUCCAUGAUGGAGUGGGAAGCGCCGAUCCCCGUGUGGAUCGAAUCUAUCAGCAUCGACAUGGACGACGAGAUGUCCGAUCUCUCAGUCUCGAUCCCCAGUCAUCCGAUCAGCCUGGAUGGCAUCGACACUUGCACCCCUGUAUCCCCCAAGACGAGCUGCUUCCUCACCUGCUUGACACCCGAUGACGAGUUCGGCACAUUGCUGGAAACCAAGCCAGACGCCGGUACUGACAUGAUGCUCGAUGUUAAGAACAUCAAGAUUGUCGCUGUGUCUCCCGUCAAGACUAAAUCCCCCACCGCAACAAGCAUCAGCCCCGUCAAGAACAAAUCCGCUGCUAAACCCACUGCUAAACCAGGCCGCCGACCCCGUCACAAGGUCGACGUGGACCCUUCAGGAAGAAAUCAGCGCCGCAAAGACAAACAACGUGGCUACGAGAAGGGCUACCGCAGUCGUGUGAAGGACAAACGCCUCAAAGACGAAGCCGAGUGGAUUCGGCUGGAGACGCAGAUCCGCAGUAUGCUAACCAAACGCACGUCUGUUGUCACGUGGGGCGGAAUUGAUGAGCUGAAGACGGAGGAAAAGCCGUCGACGGUCUGCGUCAGACAGCGAUACCUCCAGCUACUGCAAGAAGAACGAGCUCUUCAAGAGGCCGAGGUGCUGGACAGCUGCUUCUUGGCCGACAACCAAGCUCUAAUGCUGUGGGGCGGUACAACGGCGCCAAGUCGAGGGGUUCGUGAGCAGUUAAACGGCCUCCCGAGCUUGAGGCAAUGCCACACGUUUGAGUUUUCGUGGUAGCAAGACUGCAGAUCGCAUGCAGUCCAUGUAGUGCGUUCAUUGUUUUUUUAUGCCAGGAUGAAUGGCAUAGUGUAGUAAUGCGUGAUUAAUGUAUUUGAAGAGUCG